AUGGGUCUCCGUUCCGGAUUUAUUUUCGUCCGGUUUUUCAUCCUCUCCCCCACCCCACCCCACGCAGGCCAAAAAAAACCCCACACCCGGCAGAAAAAACGCUCCAUCGAUCCUAUCCUUCAUUGCCGACUCCUCUCGAUCCCAUCUCUACUCCAAUACGAUCCGCCGCCGAGAUCCGAGACGAUCCGCCGCUGCCGAGGACCGAUUGGAGCCGCCGCCGGCGCUGGCCAGCCUCCCCACCGAUGUGCGCGCCGGGUCGCCGCUCCCGCUCCCGUAGCCGAGCAUAGCAGCAGCAGCGGAGCCCCAGCCGCCACCACGUUCCUCCUGCUCUCCGGCAAGUCCGCCCAGGACCAGCAGCUCCUCGCCUCCGCCGCCGGCGAGCUCUCUCUGGCGGAGGAGGGCGGGGGCGAGCUCGCCGUCUCCCUCGCGCUCGACGCCAGCGGGGACGCGGGCUACGAUGCGGCCGCCUACAUGGGCGCGCUCCAGGCGCGGCGCUUCGGGAGGUGGAUGCGUUGGUCGCCGCGGAUGGCAUCCACGGACAACCUCGUGAUACAGAACUUCGCCAAACUUCCGGUGGGCGUCGUGUGCGCCACAUACAUGCAGUUCAAAGGCAGAGUUGAUGAUUCGCUUGACAUAUCCACAAGGUACAGUAUGUGUGAUCCAACCACACGUCGCAUAGUUGAAUUCCGAAGCAAUUAGCUUGAUUACCUGCAGUCCAUCUAAUUCUCAUCUAAUGCUGAUUAGUUUAAGCGAGUCAACACAUAGGACGGAAAGACCCUUUUAUAGUUUUCUCAAGGGGAGUGUACCGUGUGCGGGGGCAUAUCUCUGUUCCUUUGUAUGGUUGUUUAACAAUUUGUGAAAUGCUUGUAGUAUGAUAAUCUAGAUAGUGGGGAUAUGUUACAGAAAGUGUUGUGCCUGGCCUCACAUGUACAUGAGUUGGUUUAUCAUUAAGUGCUCUCUUUCCCACUAAAUUUCACAUCUGCCAUCUGAAAAAAACAAAUCCACAUUUACCUGAUUUCAAGUUCUUAUGGACCUUAUGGUAAAGUAUUUAAGUAAUUUUAGUCGGCUCAAAAGGCUCCAAGAUUCUUUGUCUAUCAUUUCCUGUUCAAAACUGACAACUGAACUUUGUGAAGCCUUUCAGUUUGUCUUUGUUUCAGUUACUUUACCAUUCGGUCUUGAUGCCUGAACUAUGUGAACAUUGUCAGCUUAGUAAAAUGGUAUGAACUUGUGUGCCAUACACAUAGCAGGUCGAAAAACUACCAUUGUAUUUGCAUAUAUUGCUUGUGACACAAUUUUCUGAAAACAUGUUGGUGGUCAUUGGUCAACAAAAGUUUUCAGCAUUCGGCACGGUGUUAAUUAUCUUGAAUU